GUCUGUAGCCAGCCGGUGGUGUCAGUCAACAACCGUGGAGACUUCAAAUGACUUCAAAUAAUACCGCAAAUUACUGAGCAGGGAUUCCUGUAGAGUACAGCUGUCAGACAUUUUUGGGGCAGUUUUUCUGAUGGUCAGCCAUGGAUGAAGAUGACAGCCAAGAAGAGCUGAUCAACCGCAGUACGUCCCACAGCAAAGGAAAAAGGGCUGCGUUGUGGGCCAUCUCAGAUGACUCAGACAGUGCUGAAGAGGAGUCUGAGGAGGGAGAAUCUGACAGUGGUGAGGAAGAAGGGGACGGUCAACUAAAUGGAGAAGAUGAUGAUGAUGAUGAUGAGGAAGAGGAGGAAGAAGAAGAGGAGGAUGAUGAGGACGAGGAGGGAGAUGCUAAGGCUGAGGAUGGAGCUUUUGGUGGAACCUCUAUUGAUCUUCCAGAGAUGAGCUCGGAUGAGGAUGCAGAAAAGUGUCCCAUCUGCCUAAACUCCUUCAGCAGCCAGCCUGUUGCAACACCAGAGAGCUGCGAGCACUACUUCUGUCUUGACUGCAUCCUUGCAUGGGCCAAGAAUGCAAACUCGUGUCCUGUAGACCGUAUUGCCUUCAACAGCAUAUACCUAAGGAAAUGUUAUGGAGGCAAAGUGAAGAAAAUGAUCACAGUUCAAAAGCCUGUGAAGGAAGGGCAGGAGGAAGUAAUAGAUCUGGACCUGGAGCAGACCAGCUGUGAGGUGUGUGGGGGCAGUGACCGAGAGGACCGCCUCUUGCUCUGCGAUGGCUGUGAUGCUGGGUAUCACAUGGAGUGUCUCACGCCACCUCUCGACUCUGUUCCUGUGGAGGAAUGGUUCUGCCCUGAGUGCGAAGCCAGCAAUCGUCACUCAAGGAGUUCAGCUGUAGAGCUGAGUGAUACGGAGAGCCUGCCUUCUACUGCCCACCCUGCACCCAGUCGCCUCCAGUCCGGUGGUGCAGGUCCCACCAGAGCUAUCGCCCGAACUCAGCAGAGUGAGAGGGUUCGAGCUAAUGUCAACCGACAUCGCAUCACACAGGCACGCACAUCACAGUUGGCUCCCACGUACCUGAUUCAGUCCAACUGGCUAGAUGAUACUAUUAAUGCUGUGGUGUCUGGGCUCAACACGGCUGUGUAUAUACGGGACUUAACACCUCGUGUCCCAUCUAGCAGCAGGCGCAAGACCGGGAAGCGCAGAAAGGUAAGAAGAAAGAAGACAUCUUCUGCUAAGGGUAGAACCGGUACAGGAGUCAAGAGGAGGAAACGGAGAAGGACUAAAUCCAGAAAAAAGAUGAUGCUGAAAAAGGCAGCCACUCCUCGAAGUCGUAUUGCUAAUAAUCUCAGAAUUGUAAAGGACAAGAAGAGCUCCUCGCUUCCUACAGUUUAUCAGCCUUCAGAGCAAACGCUAAGCAGCAUGCGUGCUGACAUAGGUGCAGCAGCCCUCUCUAUCUAUGGAGAUCCAUUUGACCUGGAUCCAUUAUCGGAUCGUAUUGAUUUGAACAGUGAGGAGGAAGAGCAGCAGGCCCGCGUCACAUCGCUGUUGGAGGCCAAGAGGCGAGGGAUCUCUCGCUCCGCUCUUCGCUCUCACCAGCCUGUAGCUCGACCGGUCACUGCAAGCCACAGGAGAGGUAUGAAUGUGCACCAAUCAGGCGGUGAUGUGGAGGCGGCUCCUGUGCCCGACCUCCUGGGCAGCAUCCUAACGGGACAGAAUGUCCUCAUGAUGGACAGCUCUGAUGUCAUUAUUAAUCGGGAUGGUUCACUUAAAGCUUUAAAGCCAAUGAUGCCAUCAGCAUUAAAUCCAAGUUGCAGCAAUAGCAUUAGCUCAGGAGAAGCCAGCACCCAGAUCAGCCCAAUGAUGUCACCGAACCAAGGAGACAGUUCUCCGUCGCUCCACUACAACGAAGACCUACCAGGACCCUCCCACAGCUCUAUGAACAGACCUUUCUCCCAGAGCUCUUCUCGCUUGCCCCCCCACAUGCCCUCCUCAGCCAGCCACAUCCAUCCAUCGUCCCAUUCUGAUUUACCACCCACUGGUCACCCAAGAUUGCAGCCCCCACGUCCAGUCAGACCCUCAAACGCUCCUGGUCACAGGAGAACCAAUGGAGUUAGCCCCUCCUCAUCCAUCCACCCCACAGGCGAAUCCAGCUCCAAGAGCAAGGGAGUGGCCUUGUCACAGUCCCAACCUAAAAAAGCACCCACAAAGCCCAUGUGGGUAGAUGUGUCAGUGCUUCCUAGGAUACCCAAAAUAAAAAGGGAGAGCAGUGGUAUCGCACAUGAUGGCACUAGUCAUGGUGGCGGCAAUCACAGCAGCUGUGUUAGGGGAAAUGGUAGUAAUUCUUCCAGCAGUAGUAAUGGUCACCGUGUGCCGGAGACGGGCAUGAACAGCCUUGCUGGGGACAUGGGCAGGCAGCAAAGCGUAGACCAGCAAAAGGGCCGGGCUGGCGGUCAGGCUGCGAGGCAGAGGCCUGACGGAGCCGGCUCCUCCUCAACCUUCUCCAACUCAUUCUCCUCUUCUUCCUCCACUAUUGGCUCUUCUUCUAGCCAACCACGUUAUUCCCAGUCUUCCUCAUCUUCAUCAGCAGUGAGCUUCCGCAUUAACUCCAGCGGGAACGCCUGGCAGUCAAGGCGGCUAAGCAACGCGUCAUCCUCUGACGCCGGAGGCAGUACGCAGACACCUCGGAGUAAAAAGGAAGAUGAAGCAAAAAAGAGACAGAUGCACAGGGAUAAACAGAUGCUCCUGGCAUCACGUAUGCAGGUCAAUAACGAACAAGAGAGUAAUAAUAUCUAUGAUCCCUUUGAUCCCACUCUGUCAGACUCGAGCAGCUCAGACGAUGAAGCUCAGCGCACAAGCCCGGAUGGUAACUCCAGACAUGCCACACUUGAGGGGAAGGCCCCUAGUUUAGGCUACAAAAAGGGUCUAGUAAAAAGCAAGCAGGACCUGGUUACUGUGAAAACUGAAACACAGGAGAUUGAGGUCUCACAGGAAGAACCAAGGAGAACUAGUGCUCAAGAAACCAGAUCAGAGAAGGUCCGAUGUUCAGAGGAAAAGGUCAAGGUAGAAAAAGAAUCUAGAUUAAUAGACACUAAGACUGAGAAACAAAGGUCGUUACUUACCACUUGCCAAGUUAAGAGCGAGCCGGGGUUAGAUAAUACAGAGGAACAUGAAAGGUUUGGUCACAGCCUCAAAAGUUUGAAGACAGAGAGAGCAGACUUCACGCCACCUUUUCAGCACUGCCUGGAUCAUUUAAAGACUGAGAGAGAGGCUCUAAAUGAGGAGAGUGGACAGAGUGUUGAAACGUCCUACAGUGCUCCCUCUGACUGUAAGAACAAUACAUCAGCAUCUAGCUCUGCCCACACCAAGAAGAAACAAAAGCCCGAAACUAAAGCAGAUUCCAAAUCUUCUCCCACUUCAAGAGAUUCUGGCCAUGAGAAGAAGACCUCCAAAGCUUCAAAGGAGAAAAGCUCUAGCAGUUCAGAGACGGACAGAGACAGGAGAGCAGACCACUCUGCCUCAGGCCAGGGAGGCCGACGGAAAGAAAGGGAGGAAGACAGAGGAAGGAGUCUCAGGCGGUCAAGCUCCAGAGAGAGGACGAGGAGGGCACACUCAACUUCAGAAAGCUCUCAGUGCAAUUCCCCAGAUAAGACUAGCGGAAAGAGGCGGCGGCCCCGGUCCGGAUCCAAAGAUAGGAGGCGAUCUAGGUCUGGUUCCAGCUCUAGCAGCAAAGAGCGUUCAAGCAGGAAGAAGCUGAAACAAAGAAGCAAGGAGAGAUCCGACGGCAAAGAGAGAGACUGUGAUCAAAGACGCGCGUCAACGGACAAGCGACAUGGUCAGUCUCGCUCAAGAUCACGAUCACGAUCCAGAUCCAGGGAAAGGAGGAAAGACCACACACAACUGCAACAAUCAUCUCUCCCCUCCAGAGACAAGGUGGAGUCACGGUCAAAAGACAAGAGGAGACACAGGUCCAGAUCCAGCUCAAGAGAGAAAAGGAAAGAAGAAGGAUCAUCCUCGAAGAGUUUGCAGAAAACUUCAGGGUCCUGUGUUUCGCCCUCUAAAGACACAAAACUGUUACAGAGCAAGAAAAAAGAGAAGGAUAUCAGUCGAAGCUCCCUCAAAGAGGACAAAGCUGCCACAGUGAAUAAACAGAAGAUGGCCACUUCUGAACAUAAAAAGAAAGGCAAAGACCCCAUGGCAGACAGCCAGGCCACACCAGCAGAAAAGGUGAAAGAGAUGAAGAUUGAAAAAGAAAUUAAGAAAGAAAAACAACAAUCUCUUGAUAUGUUCGAAGACUCUUUUUCUCUUACGAAACAAAUUAAGAAAGAAAAAACUGACAUUCAUUGUUCGAUGGUAGCCAAAAGCAUAGAUGAGAAGGGAAACGAAGAAGACCCCAUCAAGACUGAGACGUUUGAAAUCAAGACUGAGACGUUUGAAAUCAAGACUGAGACGUUUGAAAUCAAGACUGAGAUGAUUAAAAUCAAGACUGAGACCUGUGAAAUCCCCAUAAUUAAAUCUGAGCCAAGUUCCCCAGAAUUAAGCCACUUUACCUCUGCCACCUCAUUUUCCACACUGACUUCACCUGGUACAGCAGACAGUCUCCAGAAUACAGUCUGUCAGUCUCACCCAGAGUUAAUGCCCUCCACAGAACAAGCAGACACCUUUGAGGCGACCGUCCCUGUAAAGCAGGAAGUUCAGCAACCCUCAGACUCUGACGAUGACUUUAACGUGGAUGUAAUGCUGGACAACCUGGACUAUGUGAAGUCUGAGCGCACGGAAGAAAGCGAUGUAGCCGUGAAACAAGAGAAAGAAGUAGAAGAGGACAAGAAUGAACAGGUAUCGACUGUAGUGGGGGCGAAAUCCAAGACUCAAGUCAAGAGGGUUACCUGGAAUAUACAGGAGCCUGAGGGGCCUCAACCAGAGAAAUCUGCAAGCAAGCUGUCUCUGUAUAAAUUGAAGCUGAAGCAGGAAGGAGCUCGCCGACCAUCGUCAACAGUCCAGACAUCCAGUCAGAAAAUCACUGGAGCUGUCAGUCACCCCUCCAAGAAGGGUGCUGUUGGUCGGCUCAGUUCCUCCUCUAGAUCUGAUGGGGAACAAGGAGAGACCGAAGAAGGGGAUUUGUAUUUGAAGAAGCUGCACAUGCAGGAGAGAGCUAUAGAAGAGGUGAAGCUCGCUAUCAAGCCUUUCUACCAGAAGAGAGACAUCAACAAGGAUGAAUACAAAGAGAUUCUACGCAAAGCCGUCCAGAAGGUGUGCCACAGCAAGAGCGGGGAGAUCAACCCAGUGAAGGUGGGCAAUCUGGUCAAGGCAUACGUGGACAAAUACAAGCACGCUAGGAAACACAUGAAAGGAGAGGACUUGGGUCAGGCACAGGACGCUGAGGCUGGCAGAACCGCUGAUAGCCCAUGAGGAGGCGUAAAUUAAAGGCAGGGACAGCUACACCCACUGCAAACGCGUAACCAUAUGUUUUACUUUGUGUCCUACCACUAGGUGUGAUCUCAAACUCUCACAAACCCAUUCUAAACGGUUGAAUAGGAUUUACUCAAAGCUUCAAGAUGGAACAUUUUCUAUAAUGUCGAGCUUUCUAUCUUAACUAAAGUUUGAGGACAAACUUUUUUUUUUGUUGAUCACUUGAGCUGCACCUGAUGAUGUCUGUGCUUGGACUGCCACUGCCAAGAACUGGUCUUUGUGUAGUACAGCUCAGAUACUUAAUGGGAGACUUUGAGGUUGUGCCUUAAAGAGGCAAACUUUAAAGACCCUCCCAUGGAGUGAUAAAUCAGGUAGCCCUCUCCACUCGGAGGAUGCAGUGUGGGCUUUGACUUUCAUGUGUUGUUGGUUUUUUUUUUGCGGGAGUGAAGGGGUAUUUAUCAGUGGCAAAACUUUUUGUUGGUUAGGAAGAAGUAUUAAAAUAUGCAAAGUUUGCAUAUAUACUACGUUUGUCUCAUUAAGGAACAACACUGUUAUGCAAUUUUUGUAGAACAUUUAUCAGUAGAGUAAUUGAACAAUUUUAGAUUUGGUUGUAAAUAAUAUAGAUUUGAUAUAUCCACUUAUAUGUUCCUUUCAUCUGUGUUCUGACAUUCUGCCUGUUGCGAAUGACAUAAAUGAUUCAAGUUUAUAGAGUUGAUUGGAUUGUGUUUUGUUUUUUAAAGCCUCUGUUAUCUGUCUUCCACAUCUCUGAUAUCUAUGUAUAUUGAGCUGAAUCUGGUGUAGCAUACUACACGCUCACGCUCAGCAGUUUGAAAUGAACAGCCUCUUCAUUUUAGGCAUUCUUGUUUUCUUAUGUUCAGAACAAACUUUGUCAACUUUGAAUCUCAUCCUUAUCUGUUUUUCAACCCUUUACUCAAAUGUAGAAAACAAGGUUUUAGAGAACCAGGGAAUAUUUAUUUUGUCCCAAAGUAGUAAAAAAGAAAUACCUAUAUAAAGACAAUGAUGAAAAUAAUAAUGCAACAUUUCCUUCAAUAAAAGAGAUAACAUUUUUUUGGGGGGGGGGGCAUUAUGUUUUAAAGAAUGGAGACUACAUCUCUGGAAUGCAGUAGGUAGUAUAGAUUUUAAUUAGGAGUGAAAAGGACUCCAUGUCACGAUUGCUAAGCUGCAGUCCCAAUUAACUUGCAAAAGUGUUUAUGUACAUAUUUUGUCUAACCAGGUGCUCUCAUUAACACAAACAUUUAAACUACAGUUCAUUCAUUUUGUAUUUAAUGUAAAUUAAUGAUAAGCUGACUUUAAUGGCACAAUACCAAGGUUUUGUGAGAUCAAUUUAUAGUCUAUAUAUCAUAAAAACAAUGGAAACAUCUCAAAACUUGCAGCAUUUUCCAAGGUUGAUAUGAUGGAGAUGAACACAUGCCCUUUUAGUUGGGAACAUUGAAGGAAUCCUUUUGAUGUUCACCUGCUGUACCUAAUUACAGCCUCAUUAUGAUUGAUUUGUCAUUGUGUCUUAUGCAUAACUCUUGGUGAUAUCCUUUACUGCUUCGCUUUCUUUAACAGAAAUGUCCAUAAGAAGCUAAUUCUGCAUGUCCACCGUUUUGUUGUCUAUAGUAGUUUGUUUGCCAACUGUAACAACAGAUUAGGUGGGUGGUUGGACUUGCCUUGUGCUUUGUUGUCACGUUUAAUCCACUUUAUAAAGACGAGGAGGAGGAGUAGUAGUAGAAUCUACAAAAACAGGUGCUCAUGGUUAUCUGAAUGUAUUUUACUUUGUUCUGCAUUAACUUGUUCAGACAGGCCAGGUGUUUCUAAGAGGGAACAUAAAUGACAAUAAAUCACUGAUGAUAAACAGGAUUUUGUCUCAGUUUAAUACAAUGACUUGCUCAUAUUCUGUUCAGGUGUCAUUUUAUUUUGGUUUAAAGGAUUUGGGGCAUGAAGUGAUAAUAUCUGAAGAUAAUCUAUGAGCAUUAUAGUGAUGUCACUGUUUUACUGCCUGUUAUCACCUCACUGUCUUGUUGCAUUUCAAACUGAGUCACCAUGCUUAAAAACAAUUACUUUUUAGUAAGUUGUGUUUUAUUUUCAGGGAAACAAUUUGAAUGAAAAAAAACAAGAUCUUUGUCUUCCAUUUCUUUUUACUUUAUUGUGGACAAAAUACAGCAAAUGGCAGUUAGGUUUUUUCAGUAUGAAAAGUGCAAAAAUGACCAGCAGGGUAUAAAAUGACUAACAAAUUCUGAAGUGCAAAACAAUUCACCACAUACACACAUAUA